ACGGCUAAACUAACACUAACACACAAGCUACUUUACUCGUUAUUCAUUCUAAUUUAACCGGUCGGUAUACUGUAACGGUACUAAGAUUGUGACUUUUUGUUUUAUUUAUGAAAUUGUUUUAAGCUUUGUUUUAAGUAUAAAGUUUGUUUUAAGUAUGAAGUUUCUGUAUAUAAGCACACAAUUGACGGCCAACCGGGUUGAUCUGACCGAUCCUUGACUGAACUAUGAAGCGCCCUCGGUUAGAUUUCAUUGAGGAAGGUCUCACCAAGUUGUAUGCAAAGUAUGGACGUAUUAUCGCCCGCUGUCCAUUGCCAUUUCUUAUCAUCCCUGUACUGACUGCUAUCGGACUAGGAUACGGCUUGAAAUACCUAGAAAGUGUAUCCAGUGUCGAGUACCUUUAUACACCACUAGACGGUCAGGGUAAAAUUGAUCGUGAUACAGUUGAAUCUUUGUUCACAUUAGAAGAUGUUGACGCUGCGUCCGUUACGCGACUGUCACGUACCAUUUUGUAUUCUUGGGCUAUUAUUACGACGAAGGAUAUCAACGGCAAUGCCCUCUCCACUGAUAUUUUUAGAGAAAUUCUUAAAUUGGAUGAAAAAUUGAAAAAUAUAACGAUCGUAAGAAAUGGGAUUGUGUACGGUUGGAAUGACGUCUGUCUGGCUGUUAAUGGAGAGUGUCUUCCUCUGUUAGUACUCGCAGCAUUUAGAGAUGAUGUGGACAAUCUUGAUAAUUUACAAAUAACAUACCCAGUAUACACAGAUGGCACCGGAAACCAGUAUUUCCUUGGAACUGAUGUUGGCGGCGUUACUUUAAAAUCGGGCUCUGAUGUUUUACUCGAGCGUGCGUUUGCGGUGAAGUUAAAUUAUUAUCUUUCCAUUGAUAGGCGUGUUAGACAAGCAACGAAUCUUUGGAGCAGCGCCUUCCUCAAUUUCCUUCUGGACUACGAAUCAGAUUUGAUUGAUGUGCGCGUUUACACGACACGGUCAUUGGAAACUGAAUUGAGCAAAGUUGUAGAUCAAAUUGUACCAAUUUUCGCAGUAGGGGGGUCGCUUCUGAUAGCCUAUGCAAUCUUGUCAAGUAACAAACGUGACUGGGUACAAAACAAGCCGUUUCUGUGUCUCAGUGGCGUUAUAUCCGCUUUACUUGCAAUAUUAUCUUCAUUCGGCCUUCUUAGCUACUGUGGAUUUGAAUUCACCGAGGUGGUGGCAUGUUUACCAGUUCUCAUUCUGAGUAUUGGCGUCGAUGACAUGUUUAUUAUGUUGGCUGCUUGGAGAAAUACAGACAUUCGCCAAUCUGUCGAGAACAGGAUGUCUAGAGCCUUUAGCGAAGCCGCGUUGUCCAUCACCAUUACGAGCAUCACAGACGGAGUUGCUUUCGCUGUAGGUGCCUUCUCCACAUUUCCAUCUGUCCGGAUAUUUUGCACGUAUGCCGCUGCCGCCGUGACCGCAGACUUUAUCUUUCAGAUUACAUUUUUCGCGGCAGCUAUGGCAUUGUUCGGUUACCGUGAAUCUAGCAAUCGCCACUGCCUGACUUGUUUCAAAGUGAAGCCCAACGACGAAGCACCGAAUUUGGCCUACAGAGUGAUGUGCGCCGGUGGGCCGUCACAGUUAACAACCAUGACAUCUGAACUCGCCCCCAGCUCGCUUAUGCGGUUUUUCAAAAGCGUGUUUGGACCGAUAGUCUUACAUAACGUUUCAAAAGUCAUUAUACUAAUUUCUUAUGGAGUAUAUCUGGGAUUUGGUAUCUGGGGUGUGUUAAAUGUAGAUGAGGGUCUGACCCUCUCAAGUUUAGCUGCUGAUGACUCAUAUGUGAACGAUUUCUAUGAAUAUGAAUACAGAUAUUUUCGCGAGUACGGCCCGAGUAUAAUGUUGACCAUUACCGAAACGGUCGACUAUUCUGACGUUUCCGUUCAAGAAAGCAUUGAAAAACUUGUAUCAGACUACGAAGCGCUCAACGUCAUCCACUCUUCAACAUUCACUGAAUCAUGGCUUCGUUUAUACCUGCAAUAUCUGGCAGCUGCAAACAUUACUUAUAGCAGUAAUGAGGAAUUUGUCGCGAUAUUACGACAACAGUUCUUACAGCUCAACGCGUAUGCUCAUUACGCGCAGGACAUUGUCUUCGCCGACGAUAUUUCGACAGAAAUAAUUGCAUCACGGUUCAUUUUAAUGUCCAAAGAUAUCAGCAGCACGUACAAAGAACAAGAAUUGUUAGUUCAAACUCGUGAUCUCUUGGAUAGUUCACCUUAUGAAACAUUGGUAUAUAAUCCUCUUUUUGUCUUCUUCGACCAGUAUACUGUCAUUUUACCGGCCACUUUGCAGAACCUAGGAAUAGCUCUUGCGGCCAUGUUGAUAGUAUCUAUUCUCCUUAUUCCAAGUCUGAGCUGCAGUAUUUGGGUUGUAGCUGCGAUCGCUUCCAUUGAGGUUGGCGUUAUUGGUUACAUGACGUUUUGGGGCGUGCGUCUGGAUUCCAUUUCCAUGAUCGUCAUCAUUCUGUGCAUCGGAUUUAGUGUCGAUUUCUCCGCACAUAUUACUUACUCGUACACAAUAGCCCCUGGAAAAACCAAGAAAAUGCGAAUGAAUAACGCGUUAUUUUUACUCGGUAUGCCCAUGCUACAAGGCGCCGUUUCAACGAUCCUGGGCGUGCUUGCGUUGGCUUUCUCUCCGUACUACAUCU